GAUCUCGGGGGCAUUGAACGCAGAUAUUGUUUUGCUGUCAUCUCAGCGAACAGAAUGGAGGAACGAGAGUUCUUCCAAUGGAUCGGUCAUGCGAGUCAAGCUCCUCGCUGAUAUGACCUCAUGGCACUGACGCAUGAAGCAAGCGGAAUGAAGUCAGUAACUUUUGGGGCCAGCAUGGCUGGGUGGUGUACCUUGUAUGUCAAGGUGAGGUGAGGUGAGGUGAGGGAGGGAGGGAGGGAGGGAGGGAGGGAGGGAAGGGCCUUUCCAAUCCGACUGAUUGAUCGAGGAGAGAAAGAAGCUGCGGCUUUUACAAUGGUUCGGUGAGCUGGGCUUGGCCCGAUGCGAUCCGAGGAGAUUCAGAAACCCCAGCAAAGUACCGAGCUCCAGGCUUCAGCAGGCGUCACGCAUGAAGACAGUUCGGCAUGUGGUUACAGGAUGCUAAGCACUCGAGAGCGUCGUUGACAUCACAGAGUUUGCAUGUAGCACAGAGUCGAAUGAGUCCAGAUUGAUUGCGCAACGCGCCCUGUCUUUGAUGAGGUAAUGUCUCCAUCAUCUGGAACGCUACAACAUACAUAAUCAGUACGUGGUCUAGUCAUUCAAAGGCAGGCAGGCUCGCAGGCUCGCAGGCACGCAGCCAGGCACGCAGGCAGCCAGGCCGAGCCAAAGCAAGCAGGUCAACAGAGUCUUGCGGUUUCUGGGUCUAAUGUACACAUCAUGAGUGCCUACCACCAGCUCAGACCCCAUUGUCAAGCCCAGACCAUGGGCAGGGCUGGGCAGGCCGGGGCGGGGCGGGCCACAGCAGUCAAGCAGUCGGCUGCGGAUAAGUGCAACCUCUCUAACUGCAAACCAUGGUUAAGGUCUGGACAGGGCCCCGAAAGGCAUCCCAUUUGGCAUGUAAAUGACAAUUUCCCAAAAGCGGCCUCGAAGCGCACCGGGCCGAAUGUGCACUUCCUUGCCACCCAGUCGUGGACGAGCUGCACUAAAUGCUGCGCAUGUGCAUGUGUGCGGUUGAUGAAUAUUCCACACAUUUCGUAGCUGGAGACGAGAGAGAGCUUCUCCUCUCGAUCGGGAGCUGGAAAUUCGCCGAGCUUCGUUAGUGCAAGGAUUGCAGAUAUGGAUAAGCGCAAAAGUUGCAGUCAUUCACCAGUGCCGAGCAGCAGCAGCAGCAGCGGUAGAAGUAGUAGUAGCAGUAGGUUCGAGAGAGGUUAAAAGCGCGAUCUGCUAGGCUCGCUUGCACUUAUCCGAGGGGCCGAUUGUUUCUAGUCCUGAAAUGUCUGUCUGUUUAAGAUUCCGCAUGUAACCUCUCGUACGUAAGAACCACAGAACCCACAGCCUUGAUCGGAUGCAGUAAUCAUUGACUCAUCCUUGGCCAACUCCUUUAAGUAUUUUAUGUGUCAUCACUUUGUCAACACUCAAGUGGCAUUUGCAAAGGCAAUGAUUCAUGCUUGGAAUGAAAUGCUUUUACGCAGUGACUCGCUGGGUUUGACGAUAGGUGUGUCUGGAUCAAUUGAAUGGCGUUUCGGACCUUCGGCACAUAUCUAUCUGGUCAUUGCAUUAAAAUAGUAAAAUACUCU